CAGUCCGAUAGGUGGCGGUAUAGCAACUGAACGCUGGUCUGCCAACCACCAACAGAACGUAAAGAAGAAGUAAGACGACGAGCAAAGCGGAACACCGAAGAAGAAGCAAUAACAAACAAACCUAGCGGCUGUAAGAUUAGUUCAACUGUAAGUAACCAAGGAUGGUGCAGCUUGGCUAUCGGUGCAUGGGAACUCGACUGAGUGUGCUUAUACUGGUUUUCUGCAGCAUACAGCUCCCCUUGCCCACAGAUGCCUAUAUAUAUGCUCAUUAUAGCAAUAUCACCAAUCUAUUUGAGGACCGCCCUGCUUUGUUUGGAUCUGGACUUCCAAAGGAUGGAAUAAUGGGAGUUUUGGUUGCCUCUCAUCCAGCUAAUGCUUGCACAACAAUAGACCCUCCCCCACCAUUGCCCCCAUCUUUUAAUGCCACAACUACCAAAUUUGUUGUUCUCAUCAAACGUUAUGACUGCAACUUUGAUAUAAAGGUUUUAAAUGCACAGCAAGCUGGAUACGAUGCCGCAAUCGUUCACAACGUUUAUUCAGAAAUUCUGCUCAAUAUGAACUACAGCAAUGAAACUAUUGCAGAGCAGAUUAAUAUUCCCUCUGUAUUCACCAGCUACUAUGCCUCGCACAUUCUUAGGAAUUACAUAAUUCCGGAACAGGGGGCGUAUGUGAUUCUCAGGCCAGACAAGAAGACGUGUCCAGUGUGCAAACAGCGCGUUACCCGCAACAACCCUGAGCAGUCCGAGUCUGAGUCUGAGACAGAAACUGGAGGACGUGGAGAGGAAGAAGGAGCAGAGGGUGACGCAGACUCGGAGCGCACUCCUCUGCUUCGACCCUCCAACCCGGGGUCACCCAUAGGAAGCCCUGGGGCCUAUUCAGCCACCACCACUACAACUACCGCCCAGUGCCUCACCUCCCCUGCACACUGCAACUCACCCAUCCUAGGUUAUGAAGGCUACUACUCACCGGUGGAGGACACAGACUCAGAAAGUGAUGACACAGGAGAGGGCAGGCACCACUCUGAUGAUGACACAGCUCAGCUCAUUGGUAGGGACUGAGAGGAGAUCUGAUGGCCAGAAAUUAGCUACAAUGAGAUUAUUUAGUUUGACCACAAGGAAAAAAAAAAGUUUCUAUCCUCAUACAUAUUGUUAUUGCAAAAAGAAUUAAAUUGUUUGCAGAUUUGUGGCUAGCUUGACAUUUAGUACACUGCUGAUUGUUAAAAAUCUGUCACCCAAUAACCAGCGGAGUUCUUCCAAGUUUCAUAACAAAUGCAGGACCUGCGGUUGGUCAGUUUUUACCAAGUGCAAUGUUGAACAUAAACCACUGAAAUUCACACAUUUACUGUAGUCCAUUAGCUUUCAAGCAUGAUGUCCACUGUAACUGGGUCACUAGUGCAGUACAAAAUGUCUGGAUCAAUUAACGAUCCCUUUUAGGCAAGAGUGAAACGUCCGUAGAUGAAGUUUUCGUGGCCAAAGUUGUGCAAAAAUGGGAUCUUCACUGUUCCUUGUGCAAGGUUCUGUUGAGGAUUAGUACCGUGUGAAAGAUUUAUGUUGUCUUAAAAUGAAUAUUUCCUAUCUUUAUUUUUUUUCUAACAAGGAUGUCCAAGUGAAGGGGUAACGUUUGUCUUCUUUUUAUAUUUUAAUACCUCUAGUUCAGUUUUCACACAUUUUAACUUUGCAUCCAAGUUUUCUGAAAUAUGAGAAGUUAAUAGUGAAUUAAGUCACAGUAAAAUAUAGGAGAUAUGUAACGUUACUGCUGCUUUUACAUUGUUAAUACUCUGCGGUGGUGGACAGUUUAAGGAAACUAUUUUUUAGCUUUAUCCAGUUUGUUGAUCAAACUCAGGUUUACACUAAAAUAAAUUGUCGGUGGUGAUAAGAAUAAGGUAAGGUAAUGGGGUUGUGGUCUUGUAAAGUGUUUUAGCGUUUUCCCUCGAAUCUGUUUAAAUAUAGGGUUGCAUGUAUGUAAUUAAGUUUUUUCUUCUUUUAUUGUUUUUGUUUUUGUUUUUUAUAUA